UAAAAGUUUCUUUUAGUUCCUUCCCGAAAAAUCAAGAACUACCCAGAAUUGAACUCAUCCUUGGCAAAACUUCCUCUAUAAAUUCAAUAUUUCAUCCAAAGCCAUUCAUCUCAACGAUUAUAUACAAGCAAAGCAAGUUACUUUCCGACUACAAAUACCAUUUUGAGCGAUCCCUUUUCAACAAUCAAUCUUUGCGAGAAAAGCAGAAUGUCGAUCAUCCCAAGUUUCUUCGGCAACCAAAGGACUAACGUUUUUGAUCCAUUUUCCCUUGACAUUUGGGAUCCUUUCCAAGGCCUUCCUUUCUCUACUGGUGCUCUUACCGGGCAGCAAGGUGGCUCUGAUGCUGCGAGAGAGACAUCACAAUUAGCAAACACCAGGAUCGAUUGGAAAGAAACCCCAGAAGCUCAUGUCUUUAGAGCUGAUCUUCCUGGUGUUAAAAAGGAAGAAGUGAAAGUUGAAGUAGAAGAAGGAAGAAUUCAACAGAUAAGCGGCGAAAGAAGCAGAGAAAGUGAAGAGAAAAACGAUAAGUGGCAUAGAGUUGAACGUAGCAGCGGCAAGUUUUUGAGGAGAUUUAGAUUGCCUGAGAAUACUAAAAUGGAUCAAGUUAAAGCUACUAUGGAGAACGGGGUUCUUACCAUAUGUGUUCCUAAAGCUGAGCAGAAGAAACCUGAAGUCAAGUCCAUUGAGAUUUCCGGUUCAUCCGAGUCGCCUCAAGUUCCACAAGGCCAGAUUGGCGCUGCUUAAAGAUGCUCAUCAUGAUCGGAAAUAUGAAAUGCCUAUGUUGUUUGUCUUGUUGGUACUAUUUUUCGUUAUGCUGCUAGUGUGGUUAUGCUUAGGGGUCAUAUCGCGUGGUGUGUGUUCUUACUGUCGAAGUCUAUGUUGUGUGAGGUGUCGAGUUAUAUGCUAUGUAGCUGAAUUAUGUUGUUAAUAAAAUGCAUCUUUCGUUCA